AUGGCAUCUCUGAGGGCAUGGCUCCUAUGCCUGCUGCUCUUAGCCUUGGUCCUGCCAGGAGCUUCCAGCCGAGCCCACCAGCACUCCAUGGAGACACGCACACCUGACAUCAAUCCAGCCUGGUACACAGGCCGUGGGAUCAGGCCCGUGGGCCGCUUCGGCAGGAGGAGGGCAGCCCUGAGGGAUGUCACUGUACCUGGCCUGCGGUGCCGGCUAAGCUGCCUCCCGUUGGAGGGGGGCGCCAAGUUCUCUCAGCAUGGAUGA